AUGUUCACGGGCGGCGCGGCGGCGCCGAGGUUGGCGCGCCGCGAGGCGGCGACGCUGGACGCGGAGACGGACGCGCGGAGCGUCGUGAUCCUCUUCGGCCCGCCGGGCUCGGGCAAGGGCACGCACGCGCCGAAGCUCGUGGAGAAGCUCGGCGCGCCGCAGCUGUCCACGGGCGACAUGCUCCGCGCGGCCGUCGCCGCGGGCACCGAGGUCGGCAGGCAGGCCAAGGACGUCAUGGCGUCCGGCGGCCUCGUGAGCGACGAGAUCGUCGUGGGCAUCAUCAAGGACCGCAUCGCCGAGGACGACUGCAAGAGCGGCUUCAUCCUCGACGGCUUCCCGCGGACGGUAGAGCAGGCGAAGAUGCUCGACGACUGCCUGGGCGCGACGAAAGAGUGCGUCAACGCCGUCAUCGCCCUCGAGGUGCCCGACGAGAUCCUCACGGAGCGCAUCUGCGGCCGCUGGGUCCACAAGGCCUCCGGCCGCUCCUACCACGCGACCUUCGCGCCGCCGAAGAGCCUCGACGGCCGGAAACCGACCGAGGAGACGAUGCUCGACGACGAGACGGGCGAGCCCCUCAUGCAGCGCGCCGACGACACGGAGGACGCGCUCAAGGCGCGCCUCGCGGGCUACCACGACCAGACCGUGCCCAUCCUCGACCACUACUCGACCGUCGUCUCCAAGGUCGACGCGAACCAGGGCCUCGACGAGGUCUGGACCGACAUCGAGAAGGCCAUCUGA